AUGGCUGCAACCAAGGUAGCAUUGGUGACAGCGUCUUCCGCAGGUCUGGGAGCAGCUUGCGUCAAAGCCCUAGCACCACACUUCCGAGUCGUUGUCAACUACUACUCCCGACCAGAAAAAGCCGAACAAGUCAUUAAAGAAGCCGAAUCAAUACAACCCACCUAUCCUUCCUCCCCCGAGUCACCACGCUUCACCGCGAUCCAAGCAGACCUAGCACAAAAGUCCGAGGUCCAGCGCCUCGUUCAAGAGACUGUACAACGUAUGGGCCGGCUAGAUUGCAUCGUGAGCAAUCAGGGCUGGACACGUCUGACAAACUUCAUGGACAUUGACGACCAGGUCAACGAAGAAGAUUGGACGAAGUGCUAUAACGUCAAUGUGCUCUCCCACCUAUGGCUAUUAUACGCCGCAAAGCCGCAUCUAGAGAAAUGCGAAGGCGGCGGAUCUUUCGUCACAGUCGCCUCCUUAGCUGGCGUGCGCCCGUCCGGCAGCUCGCUACCCUACUCCGUCACCAAAGCUGCGCAGAUCCACAUGACAAAGGGCCUAGCUAUCAUCUGUGGCUCGAAGAUUCGAUGUAAUGCCGUAUCGCCUGGGUUGAUGAUGACGGAAUGGGGUCAGCAGUUUCCUGAGGCGAAAGUGAAGGCGACGAUUGAGAAGUCGGCUGGAAAGAAUUUGGCUCAGGUUGAGGAUGUUGCGGAGCAGAUUAAAAGUUUGGUGCUGAGUAAGAGUAUAACGGGACAGAAUAUUGUUAUUGAUUGUGGCAUUGCGAUAUGA